CUUAAGUCGAUUGACGAUGGCGGUGCACAAUGCAACUCCAAAACGAAAAGAGAUUUACAAGUACGAGGCCCCCUGGCCUCUCUACAGCAUGAACUGGUCUGUUCGGCCUGAUAAACGAUUUAGGUUGGCUUUGGGAAGUUUCGUCGAAGAGUACAACAACAAAGUUCUAAUAGUUUCAUUAGAUGAAGACACAUCUGAUUUCAGUGCUAAAAGCACUUUUGAUCAUCCGUAUCCAACCACAAAAAUUAUGUGGAUACCAGAUAGUAAAGGGGUGUUCCCAGAUCUACUGGCUACUAGUGGAGACUACUUGAGAGUUUGGAGAGCUGGAGAACCAGAGACUAGAUUAGAGUGUGUUCUAAACAAUAAUAAAAAUUCAGACUUCUGUGCACCGUUGACAUCCUUUGACUGGAACGAGGUCGACCCAAAUCUUAUUGGAACAUCAAGCAUAGAUACAACAUGUACAAUUUGGGGUCUGGAAACAGCCCAGAUUGUAGGGCGUGUGAACCUAGUUGCAGGCCAUGUUAAGACUCAACUCAUCGCCCAUGACAAGGAAGUGUAUGAUAUCGCCUUCAGUCGAGCCGGAGGGGGCAGGGAUAUGUUUGCCUCUGUCGGUGCGGACGGGUCAGUACGGAUGUUUGACUUGCGCCAUUUGGAACAUUCAACAAUCAUCUAUGAGGACCCGCAACACACUCCUUUGCUGCGGCUGGCUUGGAACAAACAAGACCCGAACUAUCUAGCCACAGUAGCCAUGGAUGCCUGCGAGGUUAUAAUUUUGGACGUUCGGGUACCAUGUACUCCUGUAGCAAGACUAAACAAUCAUAGAGCAUGUGUAAAUGGCAUCGCAUGGGCUCCACAUUCAUCCUGCCAUAUUUGUACUGCAGGGGAUGACCACCAAGCCCUUAUCUGGGACAUUCAACAGAUGCCGAGAGCCAUUGAGGAUCCAAUCCUCGCCUAUACGGCUGCCGAGGGAGAGAUCAACCAGAUACAGUGGGGAGCGACGCAGCCCGAUUGGAUCGCUAUCUGCUACAACAAAGCCCUCGAGAUCCUCAGAGUGUAAAACCUUUCACCUCUCCUGUCCAAGCUAGUGAUUUCAUAGUUAAAUAAUUUAUAGCCGUUCCUAUUUUUAGAAAAAAAAACUGUACAUAGACCGUGAACUAUUUACUACACAAUGUGCUGCUUAAAGUGGUCAACUUUGAUUUGUAUCGUAUAGACUUAUUCGCGGUCAAUUGGAAAUUGACCAGACAUUCGGUCGGAGUCAAUACUAAAGAGUAAAAUGAAUGUACAGUGUACGUAUCGAUAAAUACGUUUGUGUUCUUCGUUUAGAAACUAUUUAUUUAGGUACGUGGAUUUUAUUGAUGUGAAAUUUUCGGUCAAAAUUGGAGGUUAGUUAAACUGUGAUUUAUUUACCAUGACAAAAAGUCUGCUUUUCAAAUUGAAUUUUACUGUAACGAAUUUUACUAUGAGUGAAGAUUUAUACAAGUAGAGGAUGAUAGAGACCUUUAAUUCUUCUGUUAGGUUUUGUUGUUCAAGUCCACUUAUAUUCACCUCCUUUUGAAGUUCAUCUAAAAGUGAUCUUAAAAAUCAUUAAAUAUUAACAAAACACAUAGGUACUGUAGUGUGUUUUGAAUAACUACGUAAAGUGCACAAUGAUCAAUAUUAAUAGUUAUCCUGAAUGGUUACUGUACAAUUACUCGUACUCUUAUUUUUAAUGUACUGAUUUUUAUGGUGUGUGGUAAACAAGACUUUGUGUAUCUUCAAUUCAAAAUUAAUAAUUUAUUUGUGUUUUAGAUAGGCUAAGUUUGUUCUAGUAUUACCAAUAAUGUUUGUAACUGUGUUUUCUGUUAAAUAAGUUUUGUAUUGUUAAACAUUUUUUGUCAGUGUUUAUUUUUUUUUUUUUUUAUUAAACCUACCAUGGUAUGAGUGGAAUGAAGUUCUUUGUUGAAUAUGGAUCAAAACAGUACAGUUUGAAAUUGUCACAACUUAAAAAUAAUGGCAAAGUUUCAUAAAAAGUCUUUGUAAGAAUAUACAAAUAAUUAAGAAUAUACAUAAAAAUAUACACAAAUUGUAAGAAGAUCCUUUAUUAUUCAAAAUAACAUGGAUUUUUUAUAUUAGUAUGAAAUUAGUAUUCAUAUUAGUAUGAAUUGGUGAUGUAUCAAUUAUCAUAUAUUGUUAUUUACUCUUUUUUCCAUUAAAAAAUACUUAAACUAAUAUUGUAAUCCAACCAACAUUUUGGCAGUUCUAUGUUACAACUGUUAUUUAGAUGCAAUAAUAAAAUUCAUCAACAUCUUUGAAAAAUGUCUUCAGACAUUUAUAUUUAUAAGUAUCUGCUUGAUUAAAAUAUUCCAUGGUCAAAUGUUGUUGGAAAUAAUUUUGAAAUUUUAUUAUAAAAUCAAAAACCUUUGAAUGUACUUUUAAAUUUUAUACUUUUUAUUUCUAUAUUAUCUACUAUUAUUGUUGUAUAUAAUGGAAUGUAAUUCUGUAUACUUGUAAUCACUUUAAACACCAUUUAAUGUAGUUUUUGUCUUGAACUGUGAGUUGUAUAAGGUGUAUCUUUACAUUUAUUGUAUUUUUUUUUUAAAUUGGUUGUAUAAAUAUUAAUUGUUAUUUUUUACCGCAGUUGUUAUGGUUUGUUGUUUGAAUACAAAAAUUCAAUAAUAAACUCGUAUUUUGUAAAAAUAAUGAAACGAAAAUGAAGUUUUAAAAUAAAAAUUAUUCUGCUGCUUUUGCAAUUGAAGUUCCAGGCACAUGUAAUGGUGCUUAUAAUUUUUUUUUAACACCAGAUUCAAAAUGGCUGACUGAGCCACUGUGAAAGGGGGACGAGAUAACAUGCAAGGCCAAGCAAGUCAUAGAUCACUCUCUUUCAAAGCCCAACUAACAGACAACUGGAAAUGUGAGGUGACUUGGAAAUGGAAAAUAAAGUACAAACAAUAUCAAAUUUCACAUGGAAGUUCAAUUUAGCCCUUGGGGUACAUUGAUUAUCAAUAAUUUACUUUGACAUACCAUAAAAUUGUGGUAUGCACAAACCUUCACCUUUGAAUUAGGGAAAGAAGAUGAACUUGUUUCUUCUUAUAUUAAGGAUCAAUGCAUUAAUGUAAAUCUGGCCAAAUACAUUACUUAGUAACUUAAGUUUAAGAUUAAAAAUUGUUCUGCUGCUUUUGCAUUGGAGUUCCAAGCACAUGUAAUGGUGCUUAUCAGUGUUUUGUUCAAACAGUAGAUUCAUGAUGGCUGGCAGGACCACUGCAAAAGGGGGACGAGACACGAUGCCAAGCAAUCGUUAAAAAACUGUGCUACCACAAAAUGAAGUUAUGUUAUGUUAUGUACCAAGUGUUAUGUUGGGAACAAUGGAAUCAUGUGUUCCCUGGCAAUAUCUUCCCAGCAUAUACAAAAGUUGAAACGCUAUUUUAUGAUUUGCAUAAACUGAGAACCCGCGUUGCCAUUACCAUAAUCCGCUGGGCUUGGGUCGUCUAAAGGUCGACCAUCUUGUUCUGUUGCUAGGACUGAUAUGAAAGGCACUUGACUGGGUUGUCUUCAGUUCCAUCUAUUGUGGAUGAGAGCCUUGUGUGUAAUCUCAGUCAGUCAAGGUUGAAUGUUCUGUUUGAAAAUAAAAACCCCUGCCGUAGAAAUCCUGGAGACAAAGUGAAGAAUAGAAUAGAAUUCAAACUAUUUUGAUCGGCUUUUUACUAAAAUAUUUCCAUAAACAAGACAUAUUUAUUGCCCAUUUAAAUAACAUUAAAUAUAAUGAUUACUUAGGUAUGCUGCUAUGGGGAAGGUAAAAAGUGUUUUUUGGCCAAAUGUUAAUAGUGUAGGAUGAAAUAAAGAAAAAGCCAAAUUCGAUUGACAUGCAUCCAUAAGCAGGCAAACUACAACAGUUUUAUUUAUCUUCAAAAGAAUAACAUGGGAAUGAACAGUUUUUUGAAAUUUUCUGUUUAACCUUAAAUUGCACAACUCUUCAAUGUACAAAAGUAUUUGAUUUUUUAUUAUCUACAUGAUAGUUGUAGUUAAAAUCUAGCAUAAUGUUUUAAGGAUAAUAAUUUGAGAAAACCUAUUUUUGUAAAUUCUAUAAUACUCCAAUUUUGCUGGUUAGUGAACUCAUUUGAGUUUAUUCCGCCCUACACCUUCAAGCCAAAUUUAAUCAAAAUAGAACCAAAAUUACUCAGUUAUCUUCUUCACCGACACACUCAAAAAAUAUGUGAAUAAAUAGUGUUUUUGGCCUUCUAAAUGAACAUCAUAAUUAAAAAGUGAAUCGGUCCCAGGUGUAGAUCUUACUGAGCCACCUGCGGUAAUUGCUACUACUUCCCGAUAGGGAAAUUCGCUGAAAUACAAGCUGAUGAGCACCAUUACUGCCUUACACUAUUAGCCUGGAAUUUUUAUAAAUUUUAAGAUUCCCAAUAGUGAGAAAUAGUCUACAUAUAAUUUUCGUUUAAGUAUUUUUACAAGAUCUAAAAAAAUAAUUUAGUAAGUUCUAUGACUCUUGUUGGUGUUGAGUAAAACUAAAAAAAUGUAUGUAAUAAUUUGUCAGAAAGUAGCCGACACAAAUAAGUUUGUAAUAGUAUUUAAUCCUUGAACAAUGUUGCUUAGCUUUCAAUUUUCUGUUUUCUGUAUAAACAAGACACAAUGUUCAUUUAAAUAACACAAAGUUUUAUACAUAUUCAAUGUGAAAGAGAAUUACAGUUUUA